GGAAGGGGGGCGUUCCCCCCGGCUUCGUUCUCCCCUGCUGAUAAGAAGGACAACAAACGCGACGACUUGACCGUAUGACGCACCGGCAUUGACGGUCGAUUUCGCAAAUUAAAGAACGACAACUCGGUGAAGCAUCUCAGCCAUGGGGAAGGCCCAGUCACUGCUGGCCAAGCACAAAGACGACAGUCAGGAAGCGCUGACGCCGAAUAGGGACGAUUACGACAAGACGCCAGUGCAGGAAGAGGGAAAAAAUGGAGACGUGUCGCAGUUUCCAUAUGUGGAGUUCACCGGUCGGGACAGCGUGACCUGUCCCACGUGUCAGGGCACGGGUCGCAUCCCACGAGGUCAGGAGAAUCAGCUGGUGGCUCUGAUUCCCUACAGCGACCAAAGGCUGAGGCCAAGCAGGACGAAGCUUUACGUGACCAUAUCGGUGUGCGUGUGCCUGCUGCUGUCCAGCCUGGCCGUCUUCUUCCUGUUCCCCCGUACCAUCGACGUCUACUACGUGGGCGUGAAGUCUGCCUAUGUGUCCUACGACCACGAGAAGCAGAUCAUCUAUCUCAAUAUUACGAAUACGCUGAACAUCACAAAUAACAACUACUACGCCAUAUCAGUCACCAACAUCACCGCCCAGGUGGAGUUCGCCAAGACGGUGAUCGGCAAGGCCAAGUUCAACACCAACAACACCGUCAUCGUACCUCUGGACCAGCGACAGAUCGACUACACAGUCCCCACUGUCAUCGCAGAUGAAUUAAGUUAUAUGUUCGACUACUGCACGCUGCAGUCCAUCAGAGUCCACAACAUGGUAGUCAUGAUGCAGGUGACUGUGACCACGUCGUACUUUGGCCACACCGAGCAGGUGUCCCAGGAGGUUUACCAGUAUGUGGACUGCGGGGGGAACACCACAUCCUUGCACGGUCACGUGGACGUGUUGUAAGAACAACAAAAGCCCAAACUUGGAGAGCGUUAUUCUUAACCAAGAGAUGAAAUUUGGUACUUUCCUGCAAAAUGAAGCAGCCGGUGGGAUGUCUUUAAUAAAACAUCUACUUUACGGCUGCUUGUUUUCUAUUAACAGGGGUGGUAUGGCUGAGUAAAGCACUUGGUUGAAAAAAAAAAAGGAAAAAAAGAGUUAUUUUAACAAUAAAAAUGUGUUUUAGUAAGCGAACAUAUGACACACUCCAACUACAAUGUUUGGCGUUUUUUUUUUUUUUUUUUAGGGCUAGUCUGCACCACUUAAGUCCACGGCACCUCCCAGAGGUACUUGUCUAACCGCAACAAAUCCACCUUUCGGAAUACAGUAGUUUAUUUUUGUAUGGAAAAAAAAUUAAGAGAGUGGUACUUUGUGUAGUUGUUGGCUCAUAUCCUUGUCUUCUUGAAAAUUGUCUAUUUUGCUGUAUUUUUGGCAUUUUCUGUCUCUGCUGUUUUCUUUUAGUAUUAUUCCAACUAUUUCACCAUUUGUUUGGAGUGUGAUUUUUAACUGAUUGCAUUAAAAUAUAUUUCUGAUGACAUACUUUUCCGGUUAAAGUAGGAAAGGGGGUAUGUUUAAAAUUCACAUUUUGCAGCAUAAUUUUUAAGUGAACUGUUAACUUUGCUUCCUUCCUUUUCCCUUCUCCUUGUAAGUUGUGAUCCAUUUUGUUAAUAAUACUGUAACUGGAUUUGUUCAUCUGCGAUUAAAAAGGAGAGUAAUAAAAUGGA